AUGGCAAAACAGGCCAAACGAACGAAAAAGUUCAUCAAGAAUAAUCUGACCGACACCAUCAAGUCUCGGCGGGACAGAUCCAAGAAGAAGGCGGUGAUAGAGAGGUCCAAGCAGGCCAAAGCUAUCAGGUCAGGCCGAGCUUCCAGCUCGUCCAAGCGCAGCGACAGAGCUGAUCAAGAUGAGGAUGUGCCGCGCACAAACAAAAAGUCGGAUCAGCGGGUGAUGGGCGUGGAAGAGUUCUUGGGUGGUGGCUUCGAACAAGGGCUGAAUGCAGACGAAGAUGAGGAGGCUGCUGGCAGCAUGGACUCUGAUGAGCAGGGUGAUGAUGAGGAUGUGGAAGAAGAAGAUGAUGAUCUGGAGGAUCUUGAAGAUGGCGCAGGUGGGUGUAUGCGUGCCCGCGACAUGGCGCAUGCGCUGAGCAAGCGAGGUCGCUUUGCUUACGUCUGUACUGAACAACUCUUGCGUGUAUGAUUCUGCCCCUCUCUCGCGACUGCAGAGGACGAAGAGCUGGAUGAGGUAGCGCACGCUAAGCAGAUCCAAGCUUUGGCCAAGAGCGACCCCACCUUCUACAAGUAUCUGCAAGAGAACGAUCAAGAUCUGCUCGAGUUUGGAGGCGCAGGGAUGACGGGAGCCGGUGGUGAGGACGAUGAUGACGAAGGGGCAGACAGCGACGAUGAGCGGGUCACCGCCAAAUUCAAGGGCAAAAGCAAAGCUGCAAGCGAUGACGAGGGUCCGGUCGUAGUGACGCCUGCCCUUCUCAGAAGUUGGCAAGAGUCCAUGAUCCAGGUGAGAAGUGGUGGAUUAGGAUCUUUGCACGCUGCACUAGCCUCAUCACAUGAUCAUGCCAAACCUCUUCCUAUGCCACCACCACGAAUCACCAUCCUCCAUCCGCCGCCCCCCACCCCCUUCCCCUUCCCCCAACAACAGCAACACUCCUUGCGCGCCUUGAGACGCCUUCUGCUGGCUUUCAGAGCAGCUGCACACAUGUCUGAGCCAGAGUCAGAAGAGCAAGCAUCAGCCUACAUAGUCACCUCCGCCAAAGCGUUCAACAAGAUCAUCCUCACCGCUUUGAAGUACAUGCCCAUGGUGCUGGCGCAUCACGCCCCUUACAAGGAGGUUCCUCUCGCCAACGGUGCCGGUCACAAAUACAAGCUGCCAACUGGCAACAAGAAAUUUUCUCAGCUUCAAAAACCCAUACAGAGCUUCUUCACCAAUGUCCACAAGCUCUUGAAGACGCUGACCGAUCACGACACUUUGUAUGCUGUCGUUGCUGACAGCUCCAAAGCGAUUCCUUGGCUGCUGUCUAAUCCCAAGGCGACUCGCGAACAUCUCAAGGUCAGUGCACGUUUGUAGACGUCUGGCCAAGCUUUACCUUCGUAAUCUGAUUGAAAGUCUUCUCCUGGCAGCAUUUGUUCGACCUAUGGACCUCGUCCGCGGACCGAGUCAGGAUCGCCGCAUUCUUUAGCAUUCGUCAAAUUGCCGCUGCAAGCAAUGACAAGAUGCUCGACUUUUGCCUGAGGGUGAGCUGUACGUCUCUUACCUCGCCUCGCCCGCUUGCUGAGCCACGUUGUGGACUCCUCUUCUUGCUCGUCAUCUUCAAGGGAACCUACCAAAGCUUCGUUCGCUCGACUAGGAACACCACUAUCCACACGCUAGGGGCCAUCAAUUUGAUGAAGAACAGCGCGACUGAGCUGUUCGCAUUGGACCAAAGAGCAGGGUAUCAGCAUGCAUUUGGCUUCAUUAGACAGCUGGCUAUUCACCUGAGGGGUGCCCUGAAGACGAGAACCCAAGAGAGCUACAAAGCGGUCCUCAAUUGGCAGUACCUGCACUGCUUGGACUUUUGGUCUCUCAUCCUAGCUGCUGCCUGUGAUAUGCAGCAAGGCAAAGGCGAUGAGAUGCAGCCGCUGAUUUAUCCGCUCGUCCAAGUGACAUCCGGCGUUCUGAAGUGAGUCAGUCGUGACUCAUGUUGGCGGAAAGUCGUGCUGCAGAGCUAGCGCUGACACGCCCGCCCCCCUCACACGAUGCGCAGGCUCAUACCAACUUCGAGGUACUUCCCAAUGCGUCUGCAUCUGGUGAAUAGUAUGCUGCGUCUGUGCAGGAGGACCGGUGUCUAUAUACCCCUCGCGCCGCCUUUGCUGGAAGUGUUCGACGCAGCAGAGUUCCAUCGCAAGGAUAAGCCGUCGACGCUCCUUCCUCUCAAUUUCGAGGUCACGCUCCGAGCGCCUCAAGGCUACGUGCGCACUCGCGUCUUCGCUGACGCUAUAGCCGACGAGACUUGUGCUGUCCUGCUCGAGUACUUGGCCACGCAGAGCCGAAGCAUUGCCUUUCCGGAGCUGGUGAUUCCCAUCCGAACUCAGCUUCGACGAACGCUCAAAGGGUGCAGAUCGCCCAAACUCUCUUCCAACUUGAAGAACAUCCUCCACAAGAUGACGCUCAAUUCUCAGUGGAUCGAGAAGAAGAGAAGGAACAUUGAUUUCGCUCCGAAGGAUAGGAGGCAGGUUUUGAGCUUCUUGAAGAACGAAACACAGGAGAGUCCGCUGGAAUCUGCUGCUAGACUCCAAAGGAAAGUAAGAGAGCAGCAGAAGCAGCUCUUGCAAACCAGCGAGAUGGCGCAAGCUGACGGGGAUGAGGACGAAGAUGAGGAGAUCGAAGAUGAGAGUGAGGACGAGGAUGAGGAGGAAGAGGAGGAGGAGGAAAUGGAGGUGGAUUGA